UUCAGUGAACGUCACCAAAACAAUGUAAACGUUUUUCGCUUCCACUGUGUUUAUUUAAUCGAAUUUAAUUGCAAAAAUGCGCCCAAACAUCCGCGUCGAGAUCCAAAACAACCUCGUCGAGAGCAUGGACGUGGACGAGAACGAAGAGGGCGAGAUCUCCGAUGGCGACUCCAAGGGGGCCCCAGGCCCAUCCCCGGUCCAGUUCCCACCCCUCGAGGGGGCUUCGGGUCUCCUCGACAAGAAAGACAAGCUUGAGGAGCGCGCUCGGCGUUUUAGCCUCAACCCCGCCGAAAUAAAGAAUUUCACCGACGAGGAUUUGCGCUUACUUCACGCCAGUUUGGGGAUAAAUGCCGCGAAUGAGUCGAACGUGAAAUUCGAGGUAAUUCACAUGCGAGGCAUAGAACAAAUGAAAGCCGGCGACAUUUUAGCCUAUUUCCUGGAAUAUGCCCCUGUUUCAGUCGAGUGGCUAGACGAGGAGUGCUGCAAUGUCGUCUGGAAAGACGGAAUUUCAGCAGCCAGGGCAUUGCAUUUCAUGUCGAAGCCGGUCAGAGGCAUGCCUGUGCGCGACGACACGAGCUAUUUCGACACUAUGCCCGACCAAAGCCUCCUCAUUUUGAACAAAAACCGCGAAAUUCAAAUCCAGGAAGACAUUGACCCAAAUUCGGUCGAUAUCGCCGAAAUCACCACAACCAUCCCCCCGGGGUACUGGCGUUUGGGGGUGAAACCCCCAAAAAAUAGCCUCCUCAUGCGCUUCGCCCUCAUCACCGACAAAAAACCCUUCAAAACCGAGCAAUUCGCGCGAUACUACAAACAAAGGUUGAAGGUUGGCAGCAGUGGGAUUUUCGCCCGCAAUAAGGACAUGAAACGUCCCGGGGAAAACCCCUGGUCGGUAUUGGCCCAAAACUGGGACGAGGACUCGCCAUUCCGCGAAAAAGAACGAACCGAGCCGAAGGUCGAAGUCAAAAACGAGAGUCUCCGAGUGCGACUCGGCGCUAAACGAACACUUGUCGAGUCGAAAAUCCCGCGCAUGCGCAUGUACGCCGAUGAGGAAGAAGAGAAAAUCAAACGGAAACGGAUGUUGAAACGGAUUAAUACGCAAAUUCGGAAGAUUGAUGAAGAUAAAUCGUCGAAUUCGGAUUUGAGAUCGGUUUUGAAUAUGGCGAACCGGACACAUGCCAAAUUGGAGAAAACCGAACCGGAAGUGUUCGAUUUGGGCACGCGGUUGAAGAACAGGAGCAAAAAAAUGGUUUUUGAGAUCAAAACCGAACCGGUUAAACCGCCACAGCGGCGCCAUUCGGCCAGCGACGAUGAUUUUGAUGAUUAUAAACAUGAUAAGCCGAGAAGUAAGGUGGCUGUGGUCAUUAAAACGCAGAAGAAACCGGCCGUUGCCUCGGCUGUCGCCUGGUCCAAAGUGAGUGAAAGUGAGGAGGAGGAGGAGGAGGAAAUUGAGGAGAAAUCAAUGUAUAAGAGUCCCUUGAAGAUUGAAAUUAAUAACGACCAUUUUAAAAGAAAGUAAUUUAAUUUUUUUGUAAAUUAAUCAGAAAAAAUGAAAAACAAUUUGUUUGAGUCAU